AUGGGGGACGAGGAGAUGGAGGAGUGGGAGCCAGUUGACCGAGAUCAUGUGGUGAAGUUCUUCCAAAUCCUCAAUCAGCAAUCACACCAGAGCAUUAUGAGCUUCAACCAACAAAUAGUUCAGUAUAGAGGGAAGGUACCGGAGCAGCACCUCACGGAUCUCGCCGUUGGACACUUUGAGGAUUCUCUCGCCAAGACUCAGGCGCAGAUCUCAGUGGGCAUGGGGAUCUCGUUGGAGGACAUGGAAGAUGCCAGCAAGUACUACGAAGAGAAGGGGGACCAGCAGGUGAAAGAGCAGCUGAGGCAUCUCAAGAACCUCUAUCUCACGGUGUCAAACUUGCCGACGGACGAAGAGGAGCCUGAGCUCCCGGACGACCUUACGGUGGAGAAGAUGGUGACUGUCGUGACUGCCUUCUUCAAGGCGUCCAACAACGUCAUCGAGUCUGUUGUACAGGAGCUCCUCGCCAAGGGGGGAGACGUAACAAACCCGGAAACGGCCAUGAAGAUGAGUAUGGCCAUCCAGGAAAAGAGCGGCCCAGCAACGGACGAGGCCAUCAAGCGCUUCAACUUGAACUCCACGACUAUUGGGCCGGCAAUGGACAAGUUCCGGGAGCACGAGGAAAUCAAAACCGCGAUCAUGGUGGGAAGCGAGGAGCAACAUCAAAUACUGAGGACAUACGGGCUUAUGACGUAAUCCACGCCUGGUUUCGAUGGCGUGAGGUGCUCGUGAAGAUGUUGAUGCUGCGAUCCCGGAGUGUCCCAAAGAGCAGAACUUGGUUUUCGCAAACGGCGACCCAAACGCUAUCGACAGCACCAUUCUCUCGCGGCACGUGCGCUCAUGUGGCCCGUCCACUUGAUUCCGGGGUCCGUCUCCCUGCGACAAUGGUGCUGAGCUACACAGUUCUUACGUUGGAUGUCUCGUGACUUUACUUCCGUGUCUUCGUUAUCGUAGUAGGAGCGUAGUACAUGGGGCAUGGGGGAUGGUAGUGAGCUGCACUCCGACCCCGUGUAGAUUGUCCCGACUGCUUCGGGUUCGGCUGGAGUCUGAAUUUCCACGCGAUUUGGGUUUCGACGUACCAGAUAUGCCUGUUGGAUGGGUUCUAGUUGGUUCUGUUUUGAAUGUAAAUUUAGACAGCAAACUCCGAUUGGAUUCCGAGGGUUUUCCAGUUGUGCCGGAUAAAGCACUUCCAUGUGUCCUACUGCUGUCUUGUACUUGUGGUUCGAGUAGGGGUCGUGUCCUCGUUAUGCGUUGGUCGGAAGUUUAACUUCUGGCAAACCAGCAAUAUUGCAUGGCGUCGGCAUGAUACUUUGUCACCACACGUGUCUUGGUCCUUCAAUCCGAUUCAACAAUGAGUACAGGGUGCUCUCAGGCUGUUUUCUCUUCCUGCCAACUCGGCAUGCUUUCUCCUUUUCUUCCCAUCGGCCAAAUGUUGGCCCGCCUUUCUUCCUGCAUUUGAUGAAUAGUCUCUCUUUACUUCUAUAGGCUUCCUUUACUUGUAUGCACACUGUAUUUUGAAACCUAAGCUUCCAAGGUGCUACCGAAUGCACAGCCACACGAGUCUACCGGAUAAUGUGGAGAGAUAAAAAAAGGUGU